UUUUCUUUGUCCCAAACUGGUAAAAUCAAGGAGUUUUCUUACAAUUUUCUUAGAUGAAUGCUCAGUCAAACUCAUUUUCCUGCAGGAAUAAGAUUUCCAUUCCAAGAUUAUUCAAGUUUUCUAGUUUCUAGUUCAACUCUGAAUUAUUUACACAUCACCUGUUUAAUUGGCGUUUUUUCAAAAAACUCAAUGUCACCCGUACUUUAGCGCUCCAGUGUCAAUUUACGAAAACUCGGUCUUUAGUGUGACGUCACAAGCAGUAUUGACUUCCUGUGUGUUAUUGUCUGUAAUAAUUAGUUUUAUUUCAAUUUUAUGUCGUGUUCAGUGACAUAAUGAUUAAUAUGGAAACAGAGAAAAUCCUAGAAGAUAGCAUAAGUAAUUCACAGUUGAGUCCAAUGACAAUCCUGUACGACACGACGCGCAAGAAAGAGGUGACGCCGGCGGGGCCCCAGUUCGCCUCGGAGCGCGAGACCUGCCUCAAGUACUUCGAGCGAUGGAGCGAGCAGGACCAGAUCGAGUUUGUCGAGCAUCUGCUGUCGCGCAUGUGUCACUACCAGCAUGGCCACAUCAACACCUAUCUCAAGCCCAUGCUGCAGCGCGACUUCAUAUCGCUACUGCCAAAGAAAGGACUAGACCACGUAGCGGAAAGCAUCCUAUCGUAUCUGGAUGCGGAUUCGCUAUGUCACGCCGAACUCGUUUGUAAGGAAUGGUACAGAGUGAUCUCAGAAGGAAUGCUAUGGAAGAAACUAAUCGAAAGAAAAGUUAGGACAGACACAUUAUGGAGAGGCUUAGCGGAAAGGAGAGGCUGGAUUCAAUAUCUAUUCAAACCAAAGCCAGGCAAACAGCAUCCUAACCAUAAAUUCUACAGAACACUAUUCCCUAAAAUAAUCCUAGACAUAGAAAGUAUAGAAAACAAUUGGCGAAUGGGUAGGCACAACCUGCAACGAAUCAACUGCCGGUCGGAGAACUCGAAAGGAGUCUACUGCCUGCAGUACGAUGACCAGAAGAUCGUGUCGGGUCUACGUGAUAAUACUAUUAAGAUAUGGGAUAGGAAUACGUUACAAUGCGUCAAGGUGUUGACAGGGCACACAGGCAGUGUGCUGUGCCUGCAGUACGACGACAAAGUGAUAAUCAGCGGGUCGAGCGACAGCACGGUGCGAGUGUGGGACGUGACCACCGGCGAAAUGGUCAACACACUCAUCCACCACUGCGAGGCUGUCCUGCAUCUGCGCUUCAGCAACGGCAUGAUGGUCACCUGUUCCAAGGACCGUUCGAUAGCGGUGUGGGACAUGGUGUCGCAGACGGAGAUCACCCUGCGCCGGGUGCUGGUGGGGCACAGGGCGGCCGUGAACGUGGUGGACUUUGACGAGAAGUACAUAGUUUCGGCGAGCGGCGACCGCACCAUCAAGGUGUGGAACACCAGCAGCUGUGAGUUUGUGCGCACGCUCAACGGCCACAAGCGAGGCAUCGCCUGUCUCCAGUACAGGGAUCGGCUCGUUGUCAGUGGCAGCAGCGAUAAUACUAUUAGGUUAUGGGAUAUUGAAUGUGGUGCAUGUUUGCGAGUGUUAGAAGGUCACGAGGAAUUAGUUAGGUGUAUACGAUUUGAUAGUAAACGUAUCGUGUCAGGAGCCUAUGACGGUAAAAUAAAAGUUUGGAAUUUGGUGGCCGCGUUAGAUCCUAGAGCACCAGCCACCACGCUUUGCUUACGUACCCUUGUGGAGCACACCGGACGCGUGUUCCGUCUCCAGUUCGAUGAGUUCCAAAUCGUGAGUUCGUCGCACGACGACACCAUCCUCAUCUGGGACUUCCUCGACUGCUCGCCGCCCGACUCUGCCGCCUCCGCAGCCGCUUCCGCCUCCUCGGUCGCCGCGGUCACCGCCCAGCACAUCAUACAGGCCAAUGCUGUGAACGAUUAGAUCGACGCCAGUGAUUGGAAAGUUGUGUGUUUGGGCUUCCUAUGUGGUCAGAGGAGAACUCCCUGCUGUAACAUAAAAUGUAAGCCUGCGUCCGAAGUGGGCUCGACAAUGCAUGCGAAUCAAUGGCACUCAGGAUGGACAUACUGGUGACGUCACAGUCCGCAAGUGAAAAUGCCGAUGAACAUUGUGCAAAAAUGUCAUCUUGGUAGUUUCAUGAUUCAAUCAGACCAACCGAUAGGGAACAAAUGAAUCAGGUCUGAAAUCCUUUCAUCUUGUUACCAACGUUUUAUGCUGAUUUAGUUACGAUUGAUCGAUAUCGUCCUCUUGAAUUUACUACACCAUCCAUCUGCAAACACCACCAAUAAGAUGAUAUUAUGCCUCCUUUUAAAAGGACACACUUUUAAAUACAGUUUUUUUAUUAUGUUCCGUGUUUUAGAUAAGAAAUUACAGACUGUAUUUGUAAGAACGGUAUUUGUCUAUGGUUGUAUCGAUGAUAUUACCUCUGAUUUACUUUCAGAGAUUUUCUGAUUUUACCUUAUUCGUAAACUGAGGAAUUCAUCAAAUGUUUCCUAGUUUGAAUAAUACUUUAUUGUUUCAACGAAAUGCUAUGAUAAAUUUACGGACGGGUUAAGAAGCGACAAAAAUUUGUAUUAGCAACAAGCUAAAAUCGUUCAAUCAUCGCUUUCACAACUGAUAAAUUAAAAGAUACAAACUAGAAAACGAUUUACUGGAUCUUCACAUACUCAAUAACAUUUUAUUGUUGCAUAUUUUUGUGUUUUGUCUCAGUGAGCACAAUUAUUAACAACAAAAUGUCAUCAUUUACUUCGUUCAAGAUUACAUUAAGUAAUUAUUAAAAAAUGAUAUUGAAUACUCGUAAUUUCUAUUAAACUUCCUUGGUUCCAGUAAAUCGUUCUCUAUUACCAUAGAGUAGCUCGUUCAUGUGAAUUAAUUAUGAUAUUUCGCUUUAUUGGGUUAACUGUGAAAUCUACCUCAUAGUAAUAAAUGGAAUUAAGGUUAAAAACCACUUCUUAUUCAAGAUAAUUAUUCAGUUGUGUUGAAAACUUUUUGCCAUUUAGUAAAAUGUCCAUUUUUUGAAGUUACAACCCUCUCCCUUCACUCGAUAGAGGAUUUCAUUAGUUUACUUUUUUGCAUAAUAUCCUUUUCCAUUGAAAUGGAAUUGAAUAAUUCCAAUGUGUUUCCUGAAUACAUGGGGAAUAGUUGAACUAUCUUGGUAAGACAAUUGGAAAUCCAAAUGCAUUUGAUAUUUCUAUGCAGAACUAAUAUUCCGCUAAAGCUAGUUCAGGUAACCUACUUGAAUUAUCUUGCCUCACUGAAUUUACCAUUUUUCCGUUCGACAAGGCAGCUCUCAAUAAUAAUAAUGUUGUUGGAUGCCUGAAUAAAUUCAUACUUUUUUUAAUCAACAGUUCAAUCAUUUCAAAAUUAUUCUAUGAAACAUUAAACCUCUUGUGAGGUAUGUAUUUUUCAGUUUUCUCUAGAAUCUAGUGGGCAAUUGUAAUAUCCGAAUUGAUUCUCUGUAUCUCUCAACACUUUUGUUUUUGGAAAUUGCCAAUAUAGCUGGAUUCGCACACUACAGUGACAGUGAUCAGUGAAAAUAUAAAACCCAUGAGUUUUAAUUGGACUAUUCCCACUGAGACCGACCGAGUCAGUAUGAAUAAUAUCAUUACAACUUUAAGGAAUUAUAUGUUUACUGUCACUGUUGGGUGCGACCCUACUUUAAUGACCUUAAUUCAGUAUAAGUGGUUGGUAUUUUGAAAAACUUCAAAUAGUUUCACAAUGUAUAAAUUAGAAUUGGAACCGUUUUGGGCGAUUUAGCCUGUGGUACUUAUCUGUGAGUUGUGUAAUUCUGAAUUCUGAAUGUAUUUUGGAAAUAACUAUUGAGAGCUGGUAAAAAUGAUAAUGAUAUUGGUAUUCAAUUUCGUGAAUGAUUACUACCUAUUUUUCCAACUCUAUCUAGGACCCCAAAAAAGUUGUAAACAACCAGAAUAAUUGGGCUACAUUUCUCGAUAUUAGUUUAAUAAGCAAAACAAACUAAAUAUGUAGUACAGUAAGUUGUGCAAGCACAAUAUGAUUGUAAUUACUAGAGAAUUUUGUACAUCGUCGGAAAUAUUGUAGAUCGUAAAAUAAUUCAACAUUUUCAAAUAAUUAGACUUGUCAUAUUCGGCUGAGUUUUCAUAACUCAACUUUCUGAUUCCUAGUAUGCAGUAAUGAUAGUAAAUAUAAAAUUCAAAUAAAUCAUACUAGACUAUUGUCUUUUUUCUUUAGGGUUACUUUUAAUAUUAAUAAAAAUAUAAAUCUCAGUACCCUUUUAAAUUAUUUCGUCACAAAUAAUAAUUUAAAAGGGUACUCCGAUUUAUAUUUUUAUUUAUAGACAUAAUAUGCAUAAAAUGUAUCUCCAUGUGAUUCAUCCAUAAACUAUCAUCACAAUAUACCAUAUAUAAUUAUAAAUUUCAAAACUAGUGCAGUCAUCAAAUUUUUGUAAAAAUGUAUAUUUCUUCCCAAUUUUUAUAUGUUUAGUCAUCGAAAUGUUCAUGUUUGAAAAAUAGGCUGUUGUAAUUUAUUUGUGUUGGUCAACUCUACUGUUGCUUUUGAAUGUUAUAGUUUACAAGUACGCUUUCAGAUUCUUCAUUGCUACUAUGAAAUCCUCUCGUAUUUUAUAUUUCAACUUUUCUAUACUUUUUUCAGUCUUGAAGUCCCAAUUUUUUACUUUUGAGUAGAUUGCAUUCUUAUAUUUUUUCUAAUAACUUUAUUAUUCAUCAACUUAGAAUCGAAUAAUUGAAACUUGUACUGUAAUCAUUCUCCAUGGUAGUGUUGAGCUAGAUUUACACUAUGUAGCAGAGCUACAUGUAGCUCAGCUAUAUAGCUCUGCUACAAGUUCAAAAAGUGACACUGGAGAUCUGCUAUAUAGCAGUUUUAAGCCUAUUUUCUCA